AUGCAGUUUCUUACUGCCGUAAGUCCACAGCCAUUCUCCACGCCAAGCUGGAAGAUUGAGACCAAGUAUUCAACCAGAGUGCUCACCGGAAACUGGACAGAGGAGAGGAGGAAGUUCACAAAAGCCACUGAGAAACCCCCCCAGACCAUUUACAGAAACGAGUACGUCCCAUUCCCAGGCCACACACCUGACCAGAUCUCCAAGUGGUACAGCAAGAGGAGAGUUGAGGGGCUCCCGUACAAACACCUGAUCACCCACCACCAGGAGCCCUCACAGCGCUAUCUGAUCAGCACCUACGAUGACCAUUACAACCGGCACCACUAUCACCCAGGCCUGCCAGAGCUCCGCACAUGGAACAGACAUCAGCUGCUGUGGCUCCCAGAGAAAGCCGACUUCCCGCUACUCGGUCCCCCUACAAACUACGGACUCUAUGAACAGUUGAAGCAGAAAUGGCUCCCACCACCAGAGGCCACCCUCAGAGAGAGCAUUUACACUUCCUCCUACCCCAGGCCACCAGCAGGUGCCAUGUCCCGGAGGGAGCAUGCGAUUCCCGUGCCUCCCCCACGCCUGCAGCCUGUCCCACACUUCUGA